AUGUAUGGGCCCGGAAUGUACGGACCUAGACCUAUGGGUCCCAUGAUGGGGCCAAUGGGACCCAUGGGCAUGGGCAUGAGACCUAUGGGAAUGAUGGGACCGAUGGGAAUGAGACCUAUGGGCAUGAUGGGUCCAAUGGGAUACAGUAAGUUUACAGUAGUAAAUGCGGUACUUGAUUCAAUGGUGGCUGCUACGUUUUCAGAUCCAGUGAGAGGUGCGAUAAGAGGGGCAAUGGUUGGAUCAAUGAUCGGAGCCGCUACUGGAGGUCGCUAG